GGUCUGAAUGUCACUUACCUUUCAGUUUUCUUCAGAUCAACGUCAGGUGCCAAACGGUAGCUUUUUUCAUCAUGAAGUGCGACGCCGUCAUUGAAAGAAUCAAGGCCCGUGUUGCCGGAAUCGACGCCAGCGGACCCCGCAAGGUUUUGGGAGUGUUCCAGCUGAACAUCGAAGCUGCCGAUGGAGUUCAUGAGCUUGUUGUUGAUCUGAAGGGUCUGAAGGUAUACGAGGGCAAAGAAUCUGGAGCCGAUGUGGUCAUCAACAUGAAGGAUGAAGACUUUAUUGCCGUCGGUACCAAGGCCAUUUCUGUGCACGAUGCUGUCGAACAGGGCAAGGUCAAGAUGACUGGUGACGAAGCUCUCUUCCAGGCUCUUGUUGAUGCUAUCUAAACAGUAUAGUAUGGAUCUUUGAUUUCUUGAUGUGCGAAAAAUGGCGUGACUGAUAUUAUGUUUAAUGGCUACUGGAAUAAUGACUUACUUUAAUAAAUAGUUUUAUUUGCAAGGGAAA